AUGACGAGCAUUGAGGAGGCACCACCAACGAUGGGGACAAAUGCUUCAGACUCGGAUUCAGAUUCUGGUUCAGAAAAUGUGGCAAUGGCCACGGCAACGGCAUCCCAGCAGUCAUACACGCAGCCCCAGGCGCAGGAUAAUCUGCGCAUAUUUUUAAGGCAUUUGUAUGCCGAGUGCGUGUACCGAUACCAGAACGACACAUACGACGACCCGUCAGUGUCAGUCGUUGGCGAGGCGGCAGCAACAGACUAUGAUUUGGAUUUGCCAGAGAACUUCAGUCCCGUGCCGCGAUAUCUGGAGAACGCUGUGCUGAAUGAGGGCGCCAUCGACAUGCGGAACGUGGAUGUGGAGCAGGCGGAGAAGGAGGAGCUGCUGGCCACCGUUCUCAGUGGCACAAUGGCCACAAAUCAGCAGAAGCAGAGCCACCAGGCCACCACCACCACCACCGGGGAGCGACUCUUCUGCCCCCUGAACUUUGACGGAUAUCUCUGCUGGCCGAGGACCCCGGCCGGCACCGUGCUGAGUCAAUAUUGUCCCGAUUUCGUCGAGGGAUUCAACAGCAAAUUUCUGGCCCACAAGACCUGCCUGGAAAACGGCUCCUGGUUUCGUCAUCCCAUGACCAAUCGGACCUGGUCCAAUUACACCAACUGCGUGGACUACGAGGACCUCGAGUUCCGUCAGUUCAUCAACGAGCUGUAUGUAAAGGGCUACGCCCUCUCCCUGCUGGCCCUGCUCGUAUCGAUUAUCAUCUUCCUGGGCUUCAAAUCCCUGCGUUGCACCCGCAUCCGUAUCCAUGUGCACCUGUUCGCCUCGCUGGCCUUCACCUGUGUGGCCUGGAUUUUGUGGUAUCGCCUGGUUGUGGAACGACCCGAAAUCAUAGCCGACAAUCCGCUCUGGUGUAUCGGCUUACACCUCGUGGUGCACUAUUUCAUGUUGGUCAAUUAUUUCUGGAUGUUCUGCGAGGGACUGCAUCUGCACCUGGUCCUCGUUGUGGUCUUUGUCAAGGAUACGAUUGUGAUGCGCUGGUUCAUCAUCAUCAGCUGGUUCUCACCCAUACACUUUGCCAUCGUCUACGGCCUGGCCAGACAUUUCAGUGACUCAGACAAUGAACACUGCUGGAUCAAUGAUAGUCUUUACCUGUGGAUCUUCUCGGUGCCUAUAACCCUCUCAUUGGUGGCCAGCUUCAUUUUCCUCAUCAAUGUGCUGCGGGUGAUUGUGCGCAAACUUCAUCCACAGUCGGCACAACCCGCUCCUUUGGCCAUCCGGAAAGCGGUGCGGGCCACUAUCAUCUUGGUGCCGCUCUUUGGACUUCAGCACUUUCUGCUCCCCUAUCGUCCGGAUGCGGGCACCCAGCUGGAUCGGUUCUAUCAGCUGCUCUCCGUUGUCCUGGUCAGCCUGCAGGGCUUUGUCGUCUCCUUCCUUUUCUGCUUUGCCAACCACGACGUCACCUUUGCCAUUCGUACGCUGCUCAACAAGUGGCUGCCCAGCCUGGUGGCUGCUCCUCCGGCCGGGAGUAAUACUGGACAGAUGGCCACCACCACGCCCAGCCGGGAGUUGGGCGUUUAAGGUGUAUCGCUCAAGGAUCGAUCGGACCCGGAAUCGGCAUCUUGACCGCAUUGCAGAGCAAAGAUUUUGAACAGCUCUUGAAAAUUGUUGUUGAGUGAAUAAUCAAGCUUUUCCUUAACUGAACCAGGGUUAACUUUUCCUUAACCUUACUUCUGUAGUUCUUUAUUUUGGUAAUUUUAUUUUAAGCUGAGAUAAUUAUCCUGUAGCUAUUCACUGUUGUUGUUUUUAUUUUGUUUCACUGUUAUUUCCCCACUGUUGUUCGGAGUUGUUCAUUUUCUGAGGUGUUCAUUUUUUGAGUUGUUUAUUUUGUGAAAUGUUCAUUUACUGCUUUGAUAUCUGAGUUAUUUGAGUUGUUUACUUACGGGUUUUUUUGUAAUUGUUAAGUUAUUCAUUUCCUAAAAAUAAUAGCAAUACGAGCCAGUGAAGAGCUGUUUUGAAAUACACCCACCCAAAGGAAAAAUGAAUCAAUUUAUCCCAGCUUUAGUAAUCCCCAAUG